GAUGUUAAUAUAAUAAAUUUCUUUCUUUCCUAGGAAUCGAAAAGAUGAAAUCCAUGUCACAGCUUGCUGUUUUAUCGAGACGAUGGAGGCCGUCAGAGAUGAAACUAGAUUCUUUCCAGGAAGUAGUUCUAGAAAGCAGCAGUGUUGAAGAAUUAAAAGAAAAGCUGAGUGAAAUAAGUGAAAUACCCUUAGAAAACAUAGAAUUUGCAAAGGGUAGAGGAACGUUUCCAUGCGACAUUUCCAUACUAGAGAUUCACCAAGACUUGGACUGGAAUCCUAAAGUAUCUACAUUGAAUGUCUGGCCUCUGUACAUUUGUGAUGAUGGUGCAGUAAUAUUUUAUAGGGAUAAAACUGAAGAAUUAAUGGAAUUAACAGAUGAGCAGAGAAAUGAACUGAUGAAAAAAGAAAGCAGCAGACUCCAGAAAACUGGACACCGGGUAACCUACUCUCCUCGUAAAGAAAAAGCACUAAAAAUUUAUCUGGAUGGAGCACCAAAUAAAGAUUUGACUCAAGACUGAUAGUCGCUAUAGCAUUUUCCCUGGGGAAUUUUUUUGUUUAAAAUAAAAAGGUUCACUACUACUGUGUAGUGCCGUUACGGCAGGACACUCGUUAGGUGUAACGCGCUGACACCAGCACUGAUUGGGCCGUGUUACCAAUCGGAAGCGCAGUGCCCCGCUGGGUCACUGUCUGACUUGGAACAUGUUGUGCACUAUAGUCAAAUGUACUGUAAAGCUAAAAGGGAUGUGCAAAUAAAAGAUUAGAACUAAAACGUGGGCGGGGAGGGAAACGAGUGGAAAUUUUGAGGACAGUGUGCACAUAGUAGCUAGUGAAACUAGCCUCAAACAGGAUACUCAUAGCUUAAUAAUAAAAGCUGUGCAAAGGCCAUGAAAGAAUCCUUUUUUCUGUUUGUUUCACUGAUACACGCAUUACCUCAUCAGAGAGUCCGAAGUAAAUGUUAACGCGUUGGUUCUAGCAAAGCAGCAGAGAAGGGUCGAAGACGAAAUGGAAGGUGCUGCAAGUAACAGGUUUUAGAAUGUUCUUCCAUAAAACAGGUAGUCUGAGAGGUAUCUGCAGAAGGCUGCCAGCACAUGUUGGUUCAUUUUGCAGAAGUGCUGUUGUAAGGUAAACUGGUUUUUAAUGGGUUACGGACGCCAAUGAGCAGCUCUAUUAUACUGCAUUCAAUGUGUAAAUACUGUUUGCCCUGUCCAUUCUACAGAACUGCAGUUCAGCUAUUAUCAUGGUAUUUCUUUUCACAUAUCAACAUUCAUUGUGUACGUUUGGAAGUAUAGUUGCCUAUUUAAAAUUGUAUUCAUUUUAUGUUCGACGAUGCUGGGUAUUUUAGGGUUGUAUUUCUUUCCCCUUGUUAAUGAAGUUUUUGUUUUGUUCAGCUACUUUUUGUACAUUUUGGUUUUGAGACUAUUACAAGUUUGCAUCUUCUCCACCCGCUGAAAGUCAUUUUGUUUUUCCCAGAGUUGAUUCCGUAGCUGUAUGUAGUCAAAUAUUGGGGCAACCUCUAGCACCUCAACGUACAAACUCGGUAGUUCAGGUGUGGUGCAAAGACUGAUGCAGUCAACAUGAUUUCAUUGCAAAGCCUAGGAACAGCAGUUUUUUGCUUUGGUCCAUAAAGAUCAAUAGAGAACAAUUCUCCGUAGUUUUUGGAAAAAACACCUAAUUUAUAACAAUCAAAAGAUUUUGGUAAACUUUUUCAUGCCAGAUGCUGUUUACAACAAUGAACAUGCCAAUAAAACAUUUGUUCAUUCUGUUGUGUUAUUUUAGUCAUUAAAUGCUGUGGUUUAUAUUUGAAAAAUUAUGGAAUUAUUUCAUGGAAAUACAGACUUUUCCAAGGCAAUGUCAGAAUUGCAA